CUAACUUCAGAACGUCGCGACUUUUUGAGGGUGUUCAAUGAACAAGUGAGCUUCUAAUAACCCACCCCACGCUCAACCACUCUUUUCUCUUUCAUUUCCAUUUCCCCUUCUACACCUUCACUUCCUGUCGCGGGGGAAGAUACAAGGUUACCCUACUUGCACCCGCCAUCCAAACCCAACACCCGGCCACUCGCCCCAUCCACAACAGCAGCCUCGUUGCCCAGCAUGAGUAUGCGCGACCUCAUCUCGGGCGAGGCCGAGCUUGCCUCCGACGAGGAAGAUGACCAGUCCUUCGACGAAGAGACUGGCGAGGGCCGCCCACGGAAGGAGGCUCGUCCUGACAUGGACGACUCCAGUGAGGAGGAAGAGGACGACGAUGACGCCGAGGCUGCACGCGCUGUCCGCGAAGGUUUCAUUAUCGAUGACGAGGAGGAUGAGGAGCCCGAGGCGCGGGAACGGCGACGGGGAAAGCGCCGUCGUGCUGAGCGCGAGAAGGAGGAGGCCGCUCUGGACGAAGAGGAUCUCGAUCUGAUUGGGGAGGCGAACCCAGAGUGGCAGGCCAAGACGACAACUGAUCAUAAAUACAAGCGUCUCAAGCGUGGUCAUAGGGACGAAGACGAGCGCGAUAGGGAGCGAGGGCUCGAUGAAAUCUUCUCCGAAGACGAAGCCGCCGAUGUCGAUGAAGCUCCCCGACACCCUCUCCGCGCGGACCACCGAAAUGUCGACGAGUUUGCCGAUUUCAUUGAGGAGGACGAGCUCGAGGAUGAAGACCAGAAGCUGCGAUACCAGGAGGAGAUGGAGGUUGCUAGGCCGCGCGACCGUGCAUACGUCGGGGCGGGAACUGAGGCUUCGGGUCUCGACAAGGACACCCUGGAGGAUAUGGAGGCUGUCUUUGGCAAUGGCGAGGAUUACGAUUGGGCCCUCGAUAUGGAACAGGAGGAUGAGAUCCGCGAGGUUGGCGACCAGCAGCUCGAGCUGAAGGACGUCUUCGAGCCAUCUCAGCUCGCUGAGAGGCUCUUGACGGAUGAAGACAACGAGAUCCGCUGGGCCGAUGAGCCGGAGCGCUUCCAGCUCGAGCGGAAGGCAUAUAGACAUGUCCAGAUCACCGACGAGCAGUUCAAGGAGGAGGCGAAGUGGAUCACCAACCUCAUCUGGCCAAAGAAGCGCCCGAAUUUGCCGCCGGGAGGCGAUCUCCAGGGUCCAUUCCAGAAGGCUAUUGGCAAGGUGCUGGAGUUCUUCGUUGUCGACGAGGUGGAAGUGCCAUAUGUGUUUCAACAUCGCAAGGACUAUUUGAUUCACGCAAAAAGAACGAGACUUGCUCCCGAUCCAUCGAAUCCUGACCAGCCAGAGUAUGGCGUAACCGCUCAGAAGCUGCUCAACCAGGAUGACCUCUGGAGAAUCCUCGAGCUCGACCUGAAGUUCAGGGCUUUUGUCGACAAGCGCAAUAUCUUGGAGAAGGCAUACGAUAACCUUAAAUCAGCAUCCGAUGUCAAGGACCUGAUGUUCGAGGAGAUGAUACCCGUUGCGGCCACCAUGGAAGAGCUGCAGGAUCUCCAGGAAUACCUUCAUUUCACCUACUCUGGACAGCUCAAGGACCUUGCUGUCAUUGAUGGAAAUGCAAAGGAACCCCAGCAGCGACGACCAGGCUCUAGGUCCUCAGUCUUUGAGCGCGUCCGCAACGGCCAGGCCUACAACCUCGUGCGCGCCUACGGUAUUAGCGCCGAGGACAUCGCGAAGAACGCUCUCCGCGAAGGUCGCAAACAGUACACCGAGGAUCCCGCGGUUCGUCCCAUUGAGCUGGCGGAUACACUUACGAGCGACGAUGAGUUCAGAACGGGGGAGCAGGUCCUGCUCGCUGCUCGCCAGAUGUUCAGCGAGGAGAUGGUUAUGAACCCGAGGAUGCGCAAGCACUUCCGCAUGAGCUAUUUCCAGAUGGGCACAGUCAGCUGUCAGCGCACUGAGAAGGGAUUACGGCGCAUCGAUGAUCAGAACCAAUAUUACGAGCUCAAGUAUCUCCGGAACAUGACCAUUCCUGAUAUUGCCAGGCAACCCGAGGUCUUCCUCAAGAUGCUGAAGGCAGAAGAAGAGGGCCUUCUGGAGGUCAGGAUUACUAUGCAGCAGGAGCGCGAUUUCAGGAGGCAGCUUCUCCAGGAGUUCACCUCCGACAAUUACAGUGAGGUGGCCGAUGCAUGGAACGACGAGCGUCUGAAGGUCCUUGACCUUGCGUUCCGCCGUCUCGACAGGAUCAUGGUGAAGAGCGUCAAGGAAAACAUGCGCAACGAGUGCGAGUCCGAAGUUCUCAAGGCGUGCCGCGACGAAUACUCAAAGAAGUUGGACCAGGCGCCAUACAAGCCUAAGGGAAUGGUUCUUGGCACCACCCCUCGCGUUUUGGCGCUCUCCAGCGGAAGCGGCGAUGCAGCGCGCGGCCCGGUUUACUGGGCCUGGGUCGAAGACGACGGACGUGUCUUGGAGAAUGGGCAGUUUGAGAACCUGUCUCGCGAUGACCGAUCGCGCGACGCGUUUGCCGAGCUGGUGCAGCGCCGGAAGCCCGAUGUUAUCGGAGUAGGUGGCUUCUCGAUCGAGACCAACAAGAUGAUUAAAGAUAUCAAGGACUUGGUCGCGGAGCGAGACCUCAGGGGGCCGGACUUUGAUGUGCGCGAUACUAAUGAGACGCAUAACGAGCAGCUCGAGGUGGUGGUUGUUAACGACGAAGUUGCACGUCUGUAUCGUGAUAGUCAGAGGGCUCUCGGCGACUACCCGGGGCUCUCGUCUGUCACUCGGUACUGUGUGGCCUUGGCGAAAUACCUUCAAAACCCUAUGAAGGAGUAUGCGGCCCUCGGAAACGAUAUCGUAUCGUUGAUAUUCCACCGAUGCCAGCACCUGGUGCCGGAGGAGAAACUGCGCAAGCAGCUGGAUACGGCCAUGGUUGACAUGGUGAACCUGUGCGGUAUCGAUAUCAACGAAGCCGUCACUGACCCAUACGUCGCCAACCUUCUGCCUUAUGUUUGUGGACUCGGGCCCCGUAAGGCGACAAGUGUGAUCAAGGCCAUCAACAUGAAUGGUGGCAUGGUCAAUACCCGCGACGAGCUCGUCGGCGACCCAGACAGCCAGAAACUGCCCGUCGUUGGCCCUCGCGUAUGGAACAACUGCGCCAGUUUCCUGAGCAUCGAGUACGAUCCUUCCAUGUCUACAUCCGAUUACCUAGACAAUACCCGUGUGCACCCCGAGGACUACGAGCUGGGCAGGAAGAUGGCUGCCGACGCGCUCGAGCUCGACGAGGAAGAUGUCAAGGCUGAAGUCGACGAGAACGGCCCCGGAGCCGUCGUGAGGAAGCUGAUCAAGGACGAUGAGCAGGACAAGGUCAACGAUCUCAUUCUUGAGGAGUAUGCGGAGCAGCUGGAGCAGAAUUAUAACCAGAAGAAGCGCGCUACUCUCGAGACUAUCCGCGCUGAGCUCAUCCAGCCAUACGAGGAGCUGCGCCGCAACUUCGCCAUGUUGAGCGAUGAUGAUGUUUUCACGAUGCUCACUGGCGAGACUAAUGAUUCGCUUUGCGAGGGCAUGGUUGUCUCGAUCAAUGUCCGCGUUGUUAACGACGAGUUCCUCAUCGUCAAGCUCGACUCGGGCUUGGAAGGUCGCGUGGAGGCAUAUGAGGCCACGGACAACAAUGAUGUGCCGCUACCGAGACUCUUUUCUCAAGGACAAGCCGCCCAAGCUAAGCUGUUAUCGGUGGACAGGCGCGAGUUCUCGGCUAAGCUAUCGAUGAGAGAGCAGGAAAUCAAGAGACCAUUCCGUCGUCGCUUGAACCACAUGGAUGACCAGUGGGACUCGAACCAGGAAGCGAGGGAUAGGGAGGAGCUGAGGGAGAAGGACAAGGUUACUGGGCGUGCUCAGCGUGUCAUCAAGCAUCCUCUGUUCCGCCCAUUCAAUUCCACCCAGGCCGAGGAGUAUCUCGGAUCGCAGAGCUCUGGCGACGCUGUUAUCAGGACGUCGUCCAAGGGUAAUGAUCACUUGACUGUUACGUGGAAGGUGGCAGAUGGUGUGUACCAACACAUUGACGUCCUCGAGCUGCUCAAGGAGAACGAGUUCACAGUCGGCAAGCAGCUUCGUAUUGGCGGCAAGUACACCUACAGCGAUCUGGACGAACUGAUCGUGGAUCACGUCAAAGCCAUGGCUCGCAAGGUGGACGAGAUGAUGCAGCAUGAGAAGUACCAAAAAGGCAGCAAGGCCGAUACAGAACGCUGGUUAACGACCUACACCGAGGCCAACCCCAAGCGCUCCGUCUACGCCUUCUGCAUCGACCCCAAGCACCCGGGUUACUUCCACCUGUGCUUCAAGGGCGGACAGAACGCCAAGCUCAACGCCUGGCCUGUUAAGGUCAUCCCGAACGCGUUUGAGCUGCUCAAGAACCCGUACCCGGAUAUGCGCGCGCUGUGCAAUGGGUUUAAGCUCCGCUUUGCGAGUGAGGCGAAUAAGAGCCGUGGAUGAGGCGGUGGGGGGGUUGUUCGCUCCUGCGGUUGUUUCUCGUUUUUAGUUUUAUUGUUGCUGCUGUCGUGGAAUGGUGGCUGCGGCGGUUGGAACAGAUUGGUGAAGGUGGUGGUGGUGGUGGGCGCAUCGCGCGAGGAGUUCGGGGAUAUGUUGGGGAGGUGAUUUUUAUUUGGAUCCAUCUGAGGGAGGGAGAGGAGGGAGGGUCUAGCUGAACCAUCCCGCAUCUACGGCUGCGUUUUGCGCAAUGUCGAUCCUGUAUUUUUGUAUUAUAACAACAUGGUUUCUUUUACAGCGGGGGGCUAGUUUAAGGGUUGGUGGUGGCGGGGGGGGAGAAAAGCUAAAGAGGAUAG